AUGUUUUUCAAGUCUCUUCGGCGCCGUUCAAAGGCAAGCACCCAAGAUGGUAAAGAUGCGACCGCAAAGGUUGAAGUUGUCUCUGGAACUUCUUCCUCCACAAUCGAUACCUCCGUCGAUACUUCUCAUACUUCAAUAACACCUCCUGCAUCCAUCAAACCUACUCAAUCUUCUCCAAAUUUACCCUCCCUGGUUGAAUCAGACUCCAAUGAAGGCAGCGCUGCCAGUAUUGUCAGUAGUCCACUACCGCAAUUGCGCCUGCGACCAGGACCUUACCGGCCCAAUUCACAACGCAACAGCAUGAUUGUUAGCUCCACUACCUCCGUCAAUGGAAUUGGUCGUUCACCUACCACAUCUUAUCGCUCGCUUACUUCGGGCUCUCCUUAUGCGCCAAGGAUCAUAUCGAUCACCGAUAACUCCUGGGUUCACCAAAAAGUCCUACUCGUAUACGGCCAGAUCGGUGACCCGCGAACUCACCCGCUGGACGGGAACAUAACCGUAUUCCACCACCAAGAUAAUUUCCCGUCGACAAGCUGGCCUGUCACGGCAUCACACUUCAAGGCACUCGUUCAUCUGGUUCCAGGACCCAACCGUCUCCGAUUUGAUUUCCACUCUCCCAAGCUCUCGUCAGGAAGUACCACUCCCGUGGCGCAUUCGUCGUGGAUUUGCAUCAACUACCUCCCUUUGAUCAAUGCACCCCCACUACAACUGGUGAUCUUGCUAGGAAAGGACUCUGACGGUACCUACGAUGCCGUGCCUAAAAGAAUUGAGCGCGAAGGGAAUGGGUUGGAGACCGCGAUCCGUAAAUACCGAACAGCGGCGUAUCUCUGGCAAGCAUUUACGGGAGAGCAGAUGUUCCGGAAUAAUUUUGGACGACGCUGCUUCCGCUUUGAGGAGGAAUGGCAGAAGGGCAGUCUGAGUCGUCGCGAUUGGGAGAAUGGUCAAAUGCGCAACGAGGCCAAAAUUCACAUUGUGCGCUCGGAGAAGACAGUCGCAGAGCUACGGGAUCUCGACAUUGCGCAACAGAACGGUAGCGCUCAGAACAAAGAUGAGCUGUUCAACAUUGCCAAGAACGCGGUACGGAAGCAUUUCAACCCCCAACCUGGUCAGGAGCAGUACAUCUCGGUUCUCCUCCUCGACUCGCACUGGGAUACGACAGCGCAGACCAUUACUGGUCACGCCGCACUUGGAUCGUCCGGAGGUGAUAUCAAGAUGGCCAUGUUUGGAUCCCAUUGCCUUCAAAGCUACCCAUCCUCGCUUGAUGAGGUCGUGGAUGCAUUUUCAGACUGCACACGGACCGACACUAACUAUGUCGCUAACGAUUGUGGCGAUGCGGGAUCUAACUGGGAAGCAGCCAACAUAGGUAUCGGAGCGCAUAUGCAUGAAGUGGGACAUCUCUUCGGGUCUCCGCACCAGGAAUCUGGUGUAAUGCUUCGUGAUUAUGUGCAGCUGAACCGUACAUUCUUGACCAAGGAGCCUUUUUCAACUCGCACCAAGGCCCAAGGGUUGAAAGUUUGCUUACCGAAUGAUGAGUGUGGCUGGCACCGCCUCGAUGCACUGCGCUUCCGAUUCCACCCUUGCUUCCGCCUUCCCAGUGAUGCGUCGGCGAGCUUAGAUGGCAGUGUGCAAGUGUGGCCUGUAGAGAAUGGAAAGAUUCUCUUCACAGCGACCUCCGGCAUUGCCUUUAUGGAGCUCUAUGCAGAAGGCGAUGACUUGUGCCACACCUCCAUCGAAUAUUUGAACGUCGAGUCCAGUAGCAACGGCCUACCGAAGCAAGUGUCCGUGACCGAGGGCGAACUCCGCCAAAAGCUCUUUGGAUCCGAGAGGGAGAAGAAGAAGAAGAUCAAGGUGGUAGUCUUCUCCGGCGCUAUGGGCAGCUACACCGUGGAGGACGUUGGUUCAUUGAAGCCGAAGAAUUCCGUGGUGAAGCUACCCAAGGGCCAGUCUGGCUACAAAAGUGGGUUGCUAGGCCAAUCUAGCAUGGAAGGCAGUGUGCCAGAGCAAGUUUUGCUUGAUUGUGCUUUCUCAUCAAAGCUCUUGAUGUCAGUCAAAAUCUACCAUGGAUCUGCGGUGGAUGGCCUGGAGUUCUUCUACGAGGACCUGACGAGCCAACUCUUUGGAAAACGUGGCGGUAAACCCGGCGGUGAUGAGUUUGUACUUGACAUCCGGCGUGGGGAGAUUAUUCUUGGAUUCUACGUACGAGCUGGACUUUGGAUCGAUGGAAUCGAGAUUCUCACCAGUCUGGGGAGAAAGUCAGGUGUCUAUGGAAAUGCGACAGGUGGAUCAGGACACACAUUGAUCCCUCCUCUCGGAUAUAGGAUUGCCGGAGUUUGUGGUUCUUCUGCAUCCUGGAUUGAUGGAUUUUCCCUCAUCAUUCAACAUUGA